AUGCCGCUCGCACUGAACGCCCAGUCGUCCUUGAUCCCAUGCGAGCUCCCGGAGGAACACUCCCCUAGCCAUACACAGUUGCAACAUAUUUGGGUUGUUACUGGUCCUGCCGGGUGUGGGAAGACAACAAUAUGUGAAUAUUUGCGACACUCGCUGGGUGUACCGUUCCUCGAAGGAGAUGACUACCAAUCUGAAUCCAACAAAGAUAAAAUGAGGAACGGAGUACCUCUUGCGGAUGAAGAUCGCUGGGACUGGCUUAUUGCUCUGCGCGAGGCCACCCUUCAGGCCCUGUCCCCUAGCCAACGCAACAACUUUCAUCCCCCAAAAUCGGUGAUCGUUUCCUGUUCCGCCUUGAAAGAGAAGUACCGCGAGGUCAUGCGCAUCGCUGUGUACGGCUCGUCGCAGAUCAAAAUUCACUUUAUUUACCUUAAGGUAAGUGAGGUGACACUUUUGCAACGUGUGAAUCUGCGAGAGGGCCACUACAUGAAGAGCAAUAUGGUGCGUUCCCAGCUGCAAGCCCUGGAGGAGCCACAGAAGAGCGAGUGGGAUGUCACUACCAUCAAUGUUGAAGGAUCAGCGCAGCAGGUGCAGCGCCAUGUGCUGUCUCUUGUAUGCUCGGGCAUUACCAAAGGCAGUAAAUCUGUUUGA